AUGGCUAGUGGUAAUGGCGUUCUUGGUUUGUCCGACCAGCUGUCUGUUCUUUUCCCCUGUCCUGCGUGCCGGCAACUGGGCUCACUUUCCAGCUCAUGCACGCCUCCUCGCCUCUCGAGGCUGCGUCGUGGACGCUGUUGCCAUCCUUCGUCGUCGUCGUGUCCAUUCUGCAAUGUCUUGCCGCAGCCCAACUUUGUAGGCGAGUGUGUCCACGCACAAUCCGUCAUUGUACACAUGACUGUGUUCACGCCGCGUUUUGAAGCGGCAGCAGACACCAAGACAGACGGCAGAGAGAAGCGGAUGUGUGGUGGGCUGGCCCACCGGGGCUGGGGGCGGGACAUGAGUGAUCCCAGCUCUUCUAUGAUUUCAGCCCAGCCCAGCCCAGCCCAGCCCAGCCCACGGCCGGGCAUGGGGUGCGCCCGGGUGGACAGUGGGUUGGAAGAGGAUGUUGAGUGGGUGGUUGGACGGGCAGAUGGGGCACUGGAAUUGAUCCAUCGGCAAACUGGACACAAAUGA